GAUACCGAUUGCAAGCGCAUCAGUACAAUUCAACUCGUUGAACAAGUGCAAAUUAAUUCUUAAUUGUUAAGCGAAUAAAACGGUUUUGUGAUAGAAAGAUUUUUGUUCGAGAAAUUUCGCGGAACAUUUUUGAUCAGAAUAUUUCAAUUUUUCUUAUCGGAAUUUAUAGAUAAAGCUUGUAGAAAUUGCAAUUGAAGUGAAAAAGCAGUAAAAUUUAAUUAAAUAACGAUGGGUGUUCCAGAUAACAAUACCAUGUUGGUACAAGUGGAUUUUGAAGUAUUUGGACAUGUUCAAGGUUGUUCAUUUACAAAAUGCGCACGCGAAAAAGCCGAUUCACUCUCUAUUACCGGAUGGGUCAAAAACUCAAAGGCUGGCACUAUUAUGGGAAAAAUGCAAGGGACCAAAGGAAACGUUGAAAUCAUGAUUUCGUGGUUGCGAAAUGAAGGAUCGCCAGGUUGUAAAAUUGAGAAAUUAGAACUGACCAACCCCAAGAAUUUGUCACGAUACGAUUAUCCCAAUUUUGCCAUUCGAUUUUAAGCAAAUAAUUUUUACACUACAUCCUAUAUUGUCACCCAAUACCGUACCACUCUACCGAUUAGGAUUUUUAUUUCGUAUGUUUUAAGUUAAAACGAUGUUUACAAACUUUUCUCAAUAUAUUUAAUAAAUCAUUAAUAUACUUGCCAACUUAUGAAAAA